GGGGCGGGAGCAGAAGAGCAGGGCCAGUGCUAUAGUUUCCCCUCUCACACAGAUGCUGCCGCCGCCGCGGGGUCACUGCCAUGCCGUCUAUUAAUAAAAGACGAGUCACAGCAGCGAGGUUGAAGUGAAGAAAUAAGAAAAACACACAUCACCGUUUCUGCUUAUUUGACUCUGCAGAGAUGAUCCAUCGUGCAAGUAAAUUGUGACACAACAAAGCUACGGGAUCUGAUAAAAAAAAAAAAAAAAAGAAACGCCUGUUUUCCACCUUUUUAUCCGCCAGUGAGGACCGCUUUUCAGGUGCUAUUGUCUGGCUCACCUUUCACCCAGCUGGUCCGCUGCCUUCUCCUUCCUUUUGAAAGCUUUUAUUCGCACAGGCGUCUGCGGCUUGUUGGUAAACACGAACCCGGCGGCGAGGACUCCCUCUGGUGCAUUGAUGCACCCCUUUCAGUGGUGUAACGAUGUUCCGUGUGAGGCACAAAGAUCGAUUGAGCGACGGAAAAAAUGAGGGUGCUUCUGUGGUCUGGGACUGGUUUACUCGAACAAGUCGUGCACCAUGCCGCCCAUCACCUUCCAGGACCUGCCCCUUAACAUCUACAUGAUCAUCUUUGGGACAGGCAUCUUCGUUUUCAUCUUGAGCCUCAUCUUCUGCUGCUAUUUCAUCAGCAAACUGCGACACCAAGCACAAAGUGAACGCUUUGGAUACAGAGAGGUGGUGUUAAAAGGAGAUCCAAAAAAAUUAAAUCUUCAUGGGCAGACGUGCGCCGUGUGUCUGGAGGACUUUAAAGUGAAAGACGAGCUGGGGGUGUUACCAUGCCAACAUGCUUUCCACAGGAAGUGUCUUGUGAAAUGGCUGGAGGUUCGCUGUGUGUGCCCCAUGUGCAACAAACCCAUAGCGGGCCCCCCCGAGCAGCAUCACAGCAUUGGGACUCUGCUUGAUGAACUGGUAUAGCCUCUGAACCCCUACCAGCCCGGGGUGGGAGGCCAAUGCUCAGCCACAUCAUGACCAGCGGGAGCAGGGACACGCCGUCGAAACAAAGCAAAGCACCAACACGGUAACCUAGAUACCACCUGGAGAAUAGCCUCUGAAGGUUGCUGCGAGAUUAUCUUCUGCCACCCACACAUCCCUCCAGCACUCUUCUUUCAGCAUCCCUCCCUGCACCUGUUCCUUUACAUCCUCCCCUGCUGCCUGGAAUGUGGUUAACGGCAUCACUGAGGUGGAGAAGGCAGCUGUUCCACUGUCGCGUGGACAAAAAUUAGCGUUGACAGGAUGAAGAACACGGCCUCAGCGAGGAGUUGGUGUUCCAGCCUUGAACGUCACGGUGGGCACAGGCAUGAAAUUAGAUCCGUACCCGCUGAAACCUGUGUGCAAAAACAACACCAGCAGACAACACCUUUCAGAUUAACAUCUGAGGGGGAAUAAAAGCCACAUGCAGACAAAAAAGAAACCCAAUUUUCUGCUCAUUGUCUCUGUUAGAGGUUUGUUUGUAAAUUUGUAAAAAAAAAAGAAAGACUGAUAGAAAAGGAGCAAGAGCUUAAACGUUUUUUAGACACUAAAUUAAUUAAAGGUGUAUAAAAUUGA